AUGCACCACCGCAUCCACUGGGCCAUGGCCCCAGUCCUAAACAUCCUCCUCCUCUCCCUCCUCUUCACCUUCCAGCACCCCACAACCUGGCAAGCCCGUGCCCAAACCGAGAUGCUCGCCUUGCACCAGCAACCCCAGAUGGCAAUGCCCAUGCCUCAAUCCCUCCAAAGCGCCCCUCAGCCAUUCUCCGAACUGCCAGUCCCAAUAACCGACCCCUCACCCUCACCCCCCAGCUGCACACACUCAAACACAACAGCCUUCGCCCUCUCAUCCCCGGACGCCCCAAUCCCCUUCCUCACAAGCAAAGACGACGACAAAAACAAACCCAUGCACCCCGCCCUCCCGCGCCUCCCCACCCCAACCAACACCACCGCCUGGGAACAGUGGUUCUUCGAGGGCGUCAGCUCCUCCGGGAAGGCCGGCUUCGUGCUGAGCUUCAGCCGCGACGCGACCUACGCGUUCUUCGGGCGCGGGAACCUGCGCGUCGAAUUCUAUCUGGUUUUCGAGGAUGGGAGUGUAUUGCAGGAGCUGGAUUUCGCGGCCGAGAGUGGAUUGGCGUGGGGUGCUUGUCGCCCCGGUGGGAAUGGGAACAGUGGCAAUGGUAGUAUGGUGGAGGGGGUUUGGCGGGCUGGUAGAGGUAGGGGUAGGGACUGGGAUAGGGAGUAUGCGUUCUCGAUCGAUACGCAGACUGGAGAGGCGCAGGUGCGGUUUGAUACGCCGCGCGCCAGCGGCGUCGUGGAGUUCGCUGCGCCUGCGUCAAGUCUAGGACCAGCACCGGGGCCAGAGACAGAGACGGAGACUGCGCUCCACCUCCCGCUCUUCACACUCGCACCCACAGCGCGCUCCACCACCUUCACCAUGACCAUGACCAUGGCCCUGUCACCCGGAAAGAAGAUCUCCUACGCCGGGUCCGGCAGCCACAUGCACAUGUGGGCCGCGGCGGGACUACUCAAGGUAACAGAGGGCUUCCACAUUGUGCGCGGGCGCGCGGGGCCCUUCGAGUUCGCGUUCUGGGAGUUUGCGUCGCGGGUUUGGGCCGGGGUGGGAUUCGUGAGGGCUUGGGUGAGCAGGGACGGGGUUGUGGUUGCGGAGGUUAGGGCUACUGCUGCUGCUGCUGCGGGCGCUGCUACGGGGGGGAACGAGUAUUGCGACGCGGUCUCAGGGGACUGCGUCUCGUUAAAGCCGAUUACGGGGUUUGCAGGGUAUGGGACGCCGGGUGGUCUCCCUGGUUCUGGAGGCAGCAGCAGCAAGACGACAGGACAUGCGCUGCGCUUUACGACGUCCGAGAACAGGAGCUACGCGUUUGAUGUUGAGCAUGCGAACAGGCAUUUUGGGAUGGCGCUGGGCGGGCCGUAUGGGGCUGUUGGGUUUACGAAUCGCGUGCUUGGGGGGGAUGGUGAGGGGAGUGUGUAUGUUGGCAGUGCGUGGUCGGAGGAGGCGCGGUUUCCGGAGGAGCUUGCGCGGUGGCGCGUCUGGGUUGUUUUUGGGAUUGGCAUGCUGGGGAGGGUUUGGGAGGGGGUUUGGGGGGGUUUGGGCAGGGCUUAG